AUGACUGACUUGGAGCUUACAAUGUUGAUUCCUCAGUAAAUUCACAACUGAUUCACCUUCUUUUGAUCUAUGAAUUUCAUUGCCGCCUCGUCCUCCUUUUGAUCUAUGAAUCUUUAUUUAUUUAUUUAUUUUUUUGGAUGAUGAAGUCAAAGGUUUUUCUUCCUAAAAUUUAAUGAGAGAAUCAAACUUAAAGCUUUCCAACAUUUUGAGAUUCUCCUACCGAAAGGAAUUGAAAAGCAACUCUCCUUAUCUUUAAUUUUCUAUGUCAAGUUGCUUUUGCACCAUUUGGAAUCUACUUUGUUUACGUUGGAUUGCGUUCACCCCUUUUGGAAAGUUAUACAUAUCCUUUUGUCCCCGCAAAUCAAUUAAUUAGAAAAAAAUUUCAUGGUGUCCUUUGCUUUCAAAAUGCUCUUUGGUGUUUUGUAUAAUUUUCCUUUCAGUUUAGAAUUUUGCCUUUGUUUGGAGUUAGAAGUAUAUGGUGAUGAUGAUAAUUUCAUAUCCAGUUAAUUUCUUAUAGGGUUUAUCAGAUUCGCCAGCGCCACUACGCCGACGCUGACUCAAAAACGACAACAAUUCCAUUUAAACAAUUCAAAUCGCUGCUCAAAAGCUGCUCUUGAACAAUUCCCAACAAUUAAUGGUGCACAAGCAGCGCUUUCUCUGCGCUUCCCUUUAAAUUUUGUUUCUCUGUCACACAAAUAUGUAAGUAAUGCACUGCUGAUGAAAGCAGAAGCAAUCCUCUUGUUGAAAAUUGAAGCCCAAGAGCUCUUAAUGGAGAGAAGUCUCAUCUUCUACUUUUAAUUUCUUGGAUUCUUAAAGAAAGAAAUCGCUUUUUCUUUUCAAGAAAUUCUUGUUCAUAAUCUUACAAGUUUGGAAAAACACUGCAUGCAAUUGCAGACAACAGCAUUAAUAUAGGAGAGAAGGUGAGAGAGAGCAUAAAAGUCAGAACAGGAGGAGGUUCUUGUCUCAGCCUCACUGCGCUUCCUUUUCCCACCAAUAAUUCGCCGUCUUUUCCUCUCAAGAUCACUUUUUUCUGUCCCCGCCGGAUUCCACAGCCGCUUAGCAGUCGGAAAAAUCCCAUCUUGGCGAAACAGCUGGGAAAGACAGCGUUUUGGGGAGGCCGUGGACAGACAUGGCGGAGGUGAAACCGGAGGAGAUGAUCGCUCACCCGCCCAUGGAUCAGCUCCAGGGUUUCGAGUACUGCAUCGACUCCAAUCCAAAUUGGGGCGAGGCGAUUGCAUUGGGGUUUCAGCAUUACAUACUCUCUCUGGGCACCGCGGUGAUGAUUCCAACCCUACUCGUGCCAUUGAUGGGCGGGAGCGAUGGCGACAAGGUUAGGGUGGUUCAGACAUUGCUAUUCGUGUCGGGAAUAAACACGUUGAUCCAAACCUUAUUCGGGACUCGCCUUCCGACCGUUCUUGGAGGCUCUUAUGCGUUUGUGAUUCCAGCUAUAUCCAUAAUUCACGAUUCUUCCCUGAGUCGGAUAUCCGAUGACCAUGAAAGGUUCCUGCAAACAAUGAGAGCUAUACAAGGAGCUUCGAUCGUCUCGUCGUGUAUUCAGAUUAUUCUGGGUUACAGCCAGUUGUGGGGCAUUUGCUCUAGAUUUUUCAGCCCUCUGGGAAUGGUUCCAGUGGUUUCGCUGGUAGGAUUUGGUUUGUUCGACAGAGGAUUCCCAGUGGUUGGGAGAUGUGUGGAGAUUGGCAUUCCAACUCUCAUCCUUUUCGUCGCAUCUUCUCAGUAUCUGAAGCAUAUAUAUGUUCGACGGCUUCCCAUACUAGAGAGAUUCUCUCUUCUAAUAACGAUCACCAUCGUGUGGGUUUACGCGCAUUUGCUUACGGUUAGCGGUGCAUACAAACACCAUCCCGAGCGCACCCAACUCAAUUGCCGCACAGAUCGCGCCAACUUAAUCUCCUCUGCUCCCUGGAUAAAGGUUCCUUAUCCAUUGCAAUGGGGCGCCCCAACCUUCGAUGCCGGCCAUUCGUUUGGGAUGAUGACUGCUGUUCUUGUAUCCAUGAUUGAGUCUACGGGAGCUUACAAAGCCGCAGCACGGCUUGCUAGUGCAACGCCGCCUCCAGCUUAUGUUCUAAGUCGAGGCAUCGGAUGGCAGGGAGUAGGAAUACUCGUUGACGGGCUAUUUGGCACUCUAACUGGCUCAACCGUCUCCGUUGAGAAUGUGGGGCUUCUCGGAUUGACGAGAGUUGGGAGUCGCAGGGUCAUUCAAAUCUCAGCUGGUUUCAUGAUGUUCUUCUCGAUCAUGGGAAAAUUUGGAGCUUUAUUUGCCUCCAUUCCUUUCACCAUUUUUGCCGCUGUUUACUGUGUUCUCUUUGGGAUUGUUGCUGCUGUGGGUCUCUCCUUGUUGCAGUUCACCAACAUGAAUUCGAUGCGGAACCUCUUCAUCACCGGCGUAUCCAUCUUUCUCGGCCUAUCUGUUCCUCAGUACUUCUUCCGCUACACUUCGAGUGCUCAACGUGGUCCUGCUCACACCAAGGCCGAAUGGUUCAAUGACUACAUCAACACGAUCUUCUCCUCUCCACCUACGGUGGCAUUGAUAGUCGCCGUCUUCGUUGACAACACCCUUGAUUUCCAGGGCACCGCUGCCGACCGAGGCAUGGGGUGGUGGGACCGGUUCAGAAAAUUCAAAGGCGAUAGCCGGAAUGAGGAGUUUUACACUCUUCCUUUCAACCUCAAUCACUUCUUUCCUCCCUCGUGAUGCACGUACGGAAGAACUUUGCCGGAUUGUUGAGAUAGAUGUAAAGAGAUGCAAGGAGUACAGAAUCUGCAAGUUUAGCCAAAUUCAUAGGGCACUUAAUUAUACAUCCUUUUAAUUAGUACUAAUUGAGACCGUUGUAGUAGUGAUCAGUAACAA